AUGAGUGCCCCAAGAUCAAGACAAUAUCGACGCGUUGCUCAGGCUUGUGAUAAUUGCCGUCGCAAGAAGAUCCGUUGCCCAGGUGAAAGACCGCGAUGUUCAGCAUGUACACGUCUUCGCCAACAAUGCUCGUUCACUGAGACCAAUCCUAUCAAUCAUGAUACCACGAGUAGGCUGGAGAAUCGCAUGUCAAGUCGACUUGAACAACUUGAGGAUAAGUUGGAUAGCUUAAUAAGUAGAGUUGUUCCUCCAUCAAUGCAAGAAACUACACCAACAUCAACGUCAGACAGGAAUAACCGUAUACCGUCAUUCUCAUCAAUAUCGCCCCACACGACCCUUCCAUUAAUAUCGUCAAUAUCAACAGAAGUUACUACAAGGGCUAUUGACUUUUACUUUCGCCAUAUCCAUCGGCAACCUCUUUGGCUUUUCGGCGAGCGUCCGCUGUUACCUUCCGAUACAUCCGAGGAACUGAUCUAUGCCAUGCUGGCCCUAAGUAUGACUUACAAUACGGAAGAUAUGCCAAUGGAUAACCUUCAAAGCCCUGACUCUUACAACAAAACUGCCCGAAGAAGUGUUAUGCUUCAGAUUGCGGAGGGCAGAGUGACCAUCAGGUGUGCCCAGGCGCUGUGUCUACUAGCGUAUUACAACUUCAUUUUGGGCAACAUACCCAUGGCUGGCUUCGACAUAGCAACUGUUCAGAACAUGAUCCAGCUUCUCCCCGGCAGUGAGCGCAAUCCAAGUGGCUCAGCAGUCUCACAAGAGAAAUCCCGACUAUUCUGGAGUGUUCAGUACCUCAGCUCUUCUUGCGGCAGACCAGUCCUAUUGCCAUCUAUACCAACAAGUAUCGACACGCCUCAAAUGCUCACGGUCCAAACCCGAGAUUCUCUGGGAAGCUGCAUUGCAGCUCCAAAGGCUACCCACUCGGGCUUACGGGAAACUCUCGUUGACGUAUGGUCUCAGUCCCUAAAGAUUUGCGAGCUUUGGAGUGAUGUCAGACUCUACGUCGCCAAGUGCUUCGAAGGCCUAGCCAAACGUCCCUGGCAUCCGGAUUCCGACUACACCAAACUUUGUUCGCGGAUGUUGGAGAUUGAGAUGAUCUGGCCGGUCUCUAUAAGUUAUAACGCAGCCAAGUUCCCAGAGAUUUCGCCCGUGGAGGUAGAGAAUAACCGCAUGGAUUGGCUGCCCUGGCUCAGGGUUCAGAUGACCUACCAUACCAUUCAUUGCGUCCUUAAUCAUCCAUCUCUGUACACCGUCAUGGCUGAAACACCAAAGAGUAGACUUGGAGGCGACUCGUUCUGGAGAGCAUCUUAUCUGAAAGCCCUAAGACAUUGUACUUGGGUAUCGAGGUUAAUUCGGACGGCGGAGGAGAAGAAUUUGCGACUGGCUGAUCCCUUCUUUGCUCAGGCAGCAGCGAUAGCCAGUACAUUGCAUCUAUACUGGACCAGGACUAAUGAUAGUCAGCUGCAAGCAUCUUCUGUGAGGAAUCUUGAAGUUUGCAGGAAUCUCGUGAGAGAAAUGGCUACAUGCUGGCCAGUAUGCAAGACAAUAGAGCAUACUCUAGAUCAGUUCAUCGAGUCCACUGAUCGAUCAACCCAGAUGGCAACUGACAGAUCGUCCCCAGCCGUUGUCAGAACAUCUCUCAUCUGGGUCCUGCUAGAUGUAGCUGCACCACAAUUCCCCAACUACCAUGAUCAGAGCGUCCACGGUCGAGAUGUUUGGGGCGGUCAUGCAGCCACUCAGGACGAAGAUGGCCUUCCAAGGUCUGAGGCGAGUUCACCGCCAACAGAUAUGCGAGAGUCAACAGCUCAAUACGCCUCACCUCCAGCUUGGAUAUCUGAAAGAACAGAUGCAAACCCACAAGAGACAGUGGAGAGUGGGGAGAUUACGGUACAGCAUGGGGUCGGUAAUGAGCAUGUGACUACGCAUGAUUUGGCCUGGGGGCCUUGGGAGAAUCUUGGACCGAUGGGGGAGAACUUUAGUAUGAACAUGGACUGGUGGGACAUGAAUCAAUUUUAA